GCUCGCGGUCGCCGGUGGUCGCUGGACCGCGACGCCGCGGGCUGGUGGAGGCGCGGCUCCGGCGCGAUGAAGGACCUGGGGGCAGAGUACUCGGCGGGUCGAGAAGGGGUGCAGCUCUUCGGAUUGCUGAGCCUCUAUCUGGAGCAGGAGCAGAGAUUCCAACCUCGGGAGAAAGGGCUGAGCUUGAUCGAGGCUACCCCGGAGGAUGAUAACACUUUGUGUCCAAGAUUGAGAAAUGCCAAAGUAGAAGAUUUAAGGAGUUUAACCAACUUUUUUGGAUCUUGCACUGAAACUUUUGUCCUGGCUGUCAAUAUUUUAGAUAGAUUCUUGGCUCUUAUGAAGGUGAAACCUAAGCAUUUGUCUUGCAUUGGAGUCUGUUGUUUUUUGCUGGCUGCUAGGAUAAUUGAAGAAGAAUGCAAUGUCCCGUCCACUCACGAUGUAAUCCGGAUUAGUCAGUGUAAAUGUACUGCUUCUGACAUCAAACGGAUGGAAAAAAUAAUUUCAGAAAAAUUGCACUAUGAAUUGGAAGCAACUACUGCCUUAAACUUUUUGCACUUGUACCAUACUAUUGUCCUGUGUCAUACAUCAGAAAGGAAGGAAAUCCUGAGUCUGGAUAAACUGGAAGCUCAUCUGAAAGCUUGCCACUGCCGACUCACCUUCUCAAAAGCAAAACCAUCUGUGUUAGCUUUGUGCCUUCUCAAUUUGGAAGUAGAAACGUUGAAGUCCAUCGAAUUACUGGAAAUUCUUCUCAUUGUUAAAAAACAUUCUAAGGUUAACGAUGCCGAGUUCAUUUAUUGGAGGGAGUUAGUUUCUAAAUGCCUCGCUGAAUAUUCUUCCCCUGCGUGUUGCAAACCAGACCUAAAGAAACUGGUUUGGAUCGUUUCGAGGCGCACAGCCCAGAGCCUCCACAGCAGCUACUAUAGUGUCCCUGAACUGCCAACGAUUCCCGAGGGGGCGUGUUUUGAUGAAAGUGAAAGUGAGGACUCCGGUGAAGAUAUGAGCUGUGAAGACAGUCUGAGCAGCUCUCCUUCCAGUGAUCAAGAGUGCACUUUCUUUUUCAACUUCAAAGUGGCACAGACACUGUGCUUUCCAUCUUAGAAACCCAGUUGUUCUGUGUGAGAAUUUACUGUGUGUGCGGAUUACAAAGCAAUAAAUGGGGGAGUAGGUAGUUUUCUGGUCCGUCCCCCGUCUAGACAGGAAUCGCUUAGACUGGGAUACCUACCUUCUAUUUAUUAUUCAGAUCAGAUCUGGCCUAUUUUCAUAUUUAAUCCUAAGCCAUCAAAUGGGUUAGUGCCUCUUAAACGAUUAACAAUCUUUUACACAUUGGCACUUUAUUUUUCUCAUCAAUCUUUAGCUGUUUAGGGGAGGAGGGAAGGUGCUGAUACCUUCAAUUUGUUACUUUUCAAGAAGAUUUUUAAAGAUGAAUAGUGUAGCUUAUCUUAAAACUUUUUAUAAAGCCUUCAUCUGUCCUUAUUUAAACAGAUUGGGAGUGUACGAGUACUUCCUUCGCAGGGACUGUGGAUGACCCCUGAAUGGUUUAUCAUAGAUCUCCCCUAGUCUCCGGUCUCCGAACAGAGAAUAUACUCUCCAGUGUCAUACACAUUUUGUUGUUUUGUUACUCUUUAAAUGAUCACUUGCUCUCUUAUGCAGACUCUAUAAACUUAGGAAUUAUAAUACUGACAUUUCUGUGAAUUUUAGUAUGUAAUGUGUUAAUUGAAGUUUCUGCUGAAGCAGAAAUACUUGACAGGCUACGGUUGUUAGAUAGUUGCAUUUUUAAUGCCUAAGUACUGUCAGACUAUAGUAUUAUUUUAAUGUUAUUAAAACAAUCCAUAAUCUGUUAGUUAUGCAUGCACCUGUAUGAAAGCAGUGCAGGAAGUUGAAGAGAACUAGGUAACUGUGGAAUUGAUAAACGUUGAUCUAGUAACAUUUUACUUCUUUUUCUUACAUUCAAAAAGUCUGCAUGAUUAUGUUAUUCCUUUGUAAUUCACAUUUCAAAAAUAAUGGUAUGAGUGUAUGGGUGCCAAGACUGAACAUGAAGGUU